AUGCGAUGCGCGAGCAAGGCCGCCGAGAGCGCGUCCGCACGUCUCUGUGCGGACGCCGAAGCAGAAACCACAGCAGCUGAUGUAUCAUCGGUUGCUGAAGCGACCCAGCCUGUGUCACUUGGUGAUGCAGGCGCUGGUCAUGAAGACACUCAUGUCUUCACAGAGUACGAGCUCGGUGUCUCGUACUCUCCUGAUACGGAAGACGGAUCCGUAUCGACGGCAAUCGAGUCCAAGCCGCCUGCCAAGCGUGGCACGGAUGAUGCUUUGCGUCGUAGCAGCUUUGGUUCAUCUGAUGAAUCAGAUGAACCAUCGCCGAAGCGAAGGCGCUCGAGGUCGCGUGUAACGGGGCACCCUGAAGCUUGUACUGGUGACAGUACAAGCUACUUAUUCUGA